AUGCGAACUUUGCCGGCCCUAUUCCCAACCACAACGUCUCCUUUUGGAGCCCUAGCAAUCUUUGCGCUUCUUGCUGUGCUCGCCAACGCAAGCCGGGCUGCCAUUGUUCCGACAAGUGCACGAAGCAGCAAGGUGCUCAGACACGACAGGAAUGACCACCUCUCUAGGCGCCAGCAGUCAGAACCGCCGGCGUUGACGGAAGCUCAACAGCAGGAGCUGCUCGACAAUCCCCUCAACCAAGCUUUGGCGAGGACGGCUCUGCAAAAAUGGGGACCUGCUAAAGUUCCUCCAUGGUUCAAGAAGCUGCUGAGCCCGGAAGAGCUGGCUGCUGCAGGUGACCCCGAUGCGCAGGCCGCCGUGGCAGCCAAAGCGGCUGCUGCGCCUGCACCUGCACCUCCGGCUACGGAACAAGCUCCGCCUACGCCCGAGCCUCAACCAGUGCAGCAAUCACCGCCACCUGCGCUCGAGGCCCCAGCUGAGCCAACACCCUUCCCAAGUACGCCAUUUACGGGGCCAGUCAUCAUCUUUCCCUUUCCCUUUCCUGAAAGUGUCGGAUUUGAGGGCAACGGCACAGAGCUGCCUCAACGACCUUUGGCAGUGGAGUCGAACAAGCUCCUGAACACCAAGACCGCAGUGCAGUCGAACUGUCAAAUUGGCGCAAGCUCUUACGAACGACGUUGGAACCCUACCGAUGACAAGGAUGGCACAUUCUAUAUUUGGGACAAGAUGGGUUCGCUUUCGCCUUAUCAAAGUAGUCGCUUAUUCCCAGAACUUCAACAGUGGAGCGGCAUCCCAGACAAUUGUCAUCUGGAGAGCGUGCAGCUUUUACACCGAAGCGGACUUCGUCUUCCCUCUUCAGCAGGCACAUUCGGUGAGAACCUGCAAGAAGUUGGUCGAAUGCUUCUCAAGAUGAAUCACCAAAAAUCCGCCAAAGGCGCCUUGAGCUUCUUGAAUAAUUGGCAGUACAACUUGGGAUCUGACCUCCUUUCGGCAGCAGGCAGACAGCAAAUGUUUGACUCGGGCGUCGCUGCUUUCACGAGGUACGGCAAGCUUUACAGCCCGUAUAAACCGAUCCACAAACCCAUCAUCAGGACCGCCAGCACGAAGGCCCUUUUGGACUCUGCGAAAUUUUUCAACCUGGUGAGCACACCGGCGUCGCCAGAUUGCGCAUUGUUUGACGAGCACACUCUCAUCAUCGCAUCGCCCGAUUUUUGUUCUCAGGGCUUCUUCGGCAUCGACGCUCCCGCGUUGGUCAACCUGGAGGUUCUCAUCGACUCUGCUGGCUUCAAUGUGCGUGACGUCUUUUCCCAUCAAUUCGCUUCCCGAUGCUGAGACGAUUUCUCGCGCUCUUUCACAGAGCACCUUAUCGCCAUGGGGCGCCUGCCCCAACGUGAUCAAGUCGCCAGUGGGCGACCUCUCCUUGGCACCUCGAUGGAUCGAGCAAUACACCAAGAAUGCCAUCAAGAGGCUGCAGCCGCUGAUGCCGACAGGGACGCAACUUACACCCGAGAUCAUUCAUGGGAUGCAAUCGCUGUGUGCUGUCGAAACUCAAGCACUUGGCUACUCGGAUUUGUGAGUGACGCGAGAAAUGGGCACGUCCCGUCGAAUGGUCAGACUUACGAUUCCGAUCUACACGAAGCUGUGGACUCUUCACGAAAGCAGGUGCGUCUUCUCCACCUGGCACACGAAUUCUGUUCGAGGCAAUGCUGACCACUUUGGUCCUUCCGCGUGAUCAGAAUGGGAAGGUUUCCAGUACGCAUGGGAUUUGCGUAUCUCGGGCAACGCGGGUCCGCAGAGCACGACGGGUCGAGCUCAAGGUAUUGGUUGGGUGCAGGAACUCUUGGCUCGAUUGCAGGGGUCGACGGUGCCACCUCCCAUCACCUCGCAAAACUCAAGCCACUCGACCUUACCAUUAUACUUUCCUGGAGACCAGUCCUUCUACUUUGACUUUGCGCAUGACGGUACCAUCGUUGGAACUCUCAUGGCACUCGGCUUUAAGCAGGUGAGCAGCGCCUGCAUGACGUAGUGGUAGAGGAGCUUCUCUUCAGAUCCAACGCUGAGCUUUGCGCGUUCGGGCAUGCAGUUGUCAGAAGAUCUAGAUCCUGCCAAGAUCAACUCCGAGCGCAAGUUUUUGACCUCGUCCAUCGUGCCAUCGGCCGCAAAGUUGGCUGUUGAAGUGUUGCAAUGCGCAGCACACAAGAAGGGUGGCGCUCCAGAGAAGUACAUCAGGGCAGUCCUCAACGACGCCGUCUUGCCAAUGGGCGCCGAGCAGGGAUGCACCGAUAGCAGACCCAAUCCAACACUGUGCAAGCUGAGUGAGUCCCAGAGAAGAGAAGAAGCAGAGUCCGUCUCGCUUGCGGUGCCCCAUUGUUCAUUGCUCUGAACCCCAUCAAUAUUUCUUUCAUUUCCCACCCGCUCAAAGACGACUUUCUUUCCUUUCAAUACGACCACGCUAUCCAGGCCGCCAACUUUGAUGCGGCUUGCAGAGGAGGAUAA